AAAUGGAGGAAUCUAGCAAGGUCCUGGAAACACUGAAAAAGAUUGGUGGCAUCGAUGUGCGUCAUCUGUGGAUCAUACACGAUGAAACGUUUCGCGAGUUUUUCGAUUGGUUUACAAAAAUUGACGACGAAAAUCUGGUCACAGAUCUGCUGCUUAAGAGUUAUCAAGAACUCACCCGAAACGGUACCGUGCUGGAUGAUGCGAUACUGGAAGAGCAAUUGCAAGAACUGAAUCAGGAGUACGUCAACAUACUAGAUUACACCGAUCGCGAUGUGGAAGCGUUAGAGCAGCAGCUAGAACAGCUCGUCGAGGUGGAGGAAAGGUACGAAAAGCUUCUGAACGGUGCCAAGAAAACGGAAAUCACCCUUACAAAGGAACUGUCCGAGCUGGAGCGCAGUAUUCGCGAGCAGGAGUAUUUCCUGGAUAAAGUGGCGUCGAACAGUAUGGAUAUGGCCCGACAGUUGGAAGAAAGCCAGCAAGCAACGCAGCAGCAGAUCUCGGAUUUGCACCAUUGCUACUAUCAACGACAAAAUCCACCCAUUUUCAUCUAUCAAAUGCCGAUCGAGCAAUUCGAUUCCAAGUGCGACCAGUUUCUAAAGUAUCUGGAAAUGUACGUGAAAAAGCAUUUUACAGUGAAACGGCUGGACAGUACGAAAUCGACAGAUGACUUGGAUAAUCAGCAGGUGAUCGAUGAGCUGGAGGGCAUUAAGAUGCGGCUGGAUGCGGAAGAGUUGAAGCUGCUCGAGGCAAAGCGGGAAUAUGCGGGUGUGAUGAAGCUCGUUGAACGGUUGCAGGACCAUAGCUGGAUGCCGAUGAAGGUGUCCGCAUUGAAGAAACAGUGCCUCGAGCUGAAGAACGCAAACGAGCAGGAUCUGUUGCGGAUGGAUUUGCUGAAGCACGAGCUUGACAUGCUUAUCCGGCAGGUGAACGAACUGAAAAUCGAAUCCGUGCUGUACGAGAACAAUCGGGCCAAGCUGGAUCGGGCCGUUAGCCGGCUCGAAUACAUACAACGGUUAGACGAAAGUAUUUCCCGCGAGCUUAUGAACGCCGAGUUGCUAUGGAUACUGAUGCAGCUCGAUUUGGAGAAGAUACGCGAUCGGUUCGAUAAUGCGGACGAAAUGAACGGAGAUUCGAAACGAUGCUUCAAGCGGAUCGAUGCGAUGCGACAGAUCGAAAAGAUCACACUGCAGGAGGAAGCGUACGGCGAGUAUUUGGGACGGCUGGCGGCCCUUAUGGUGCAGGACACGGCAGGCGUCGCAGAAGAGUCCGUCCGUGGAAUGAAAGUGUGUUUGCAGCACUUUUCCGGUGUACUGAAACGUCUCUCGAAAAAGUGCGAAUCGAUCGCUAAAGGCAAAUAUCAUCGCAAGGCUGAAGAAGUGUUGAAGCAAUUAGCUUCCCAGGAAACGCUGUUGGCACGCUUCGUGUUUGAUGGUCCGCUAAACUAUCCCCAGUUCUACGACCAGGAGUAUUUGGAGCGGGUGCAAAAGCUUGGCUUCGCUUUGAGUCAUCUCGAGCGAGAAUUCCGGAACGUGCGAAAAGAUUUUGUACAAAACAUCGAAGAACCGAAGCAAAAUCAAAAGUUUUGGCUGUACAAUCAACGUCUCUGGAUCUGGUUUCUAACCGAACCAAAGAAGGUGGCCUUUGCUAUCAAAGAAAUAACGGCUGAAGCUUCGAAAAUGGCUAGCUACAAGGGAAUAUCCGGUAUCAAGUGUAAAUCGAUCGCCGAUGAUGCAAUGUUUUAG